CGUGGUAUAUAAAACAGAUCCCAGUCUAAUUAAGUUGAGUUGUCGUGAAGUUGCAUCUAUCCUGUCCAAUUGAGUGAAGAGCAAGCAAUGGCGUCGUCGUGGUCAUCGUGGCUGGACGGGAUCCUGGGCAAGCAAGAACAGGGCUCCUCCUACGAUCCAAUCCUCGGCACCAUCUCCAGAUCAACCACCGGGGCUUACAUCUCCACCACCAAAGCUUCUUCCUUUUCUUCUUCUUCCUCUGCUUCCCAAGCGCUCAAGGACGUCGCGGCGGGCUUCCUCUGCGCCGGGGCGUCGGCGCUCUGCUACGCCGCCUGGCGCCACUACCAGCGCCGGACCUGCCUCCGCAGCUACGGCCGCGAUAUCCCCGGCUCCGGCGACGCCGACCCCGUCGUCGGCCGCGACGACGAGAUCGACCGCGUGGUGCGCAUCCUCUGCCGCCGGAAGAAGAACUGCGCGGCGCUCGUGGGCGCCGCGGGCGUCGGCAAGACGGCCAUCGCCGAGGGCCUCGCGCAGCGCAUCGCGUCGGGGAAAGUCCCCCCGCAGCUCGCGGGGGCCCGCGUCGUGGAGGUCGACGUCGGCUCCAUGAUCGCCGGCACCAAGCUCCGCGGCAUGUUCGAGGAGCGGAUGAAGGAUGUCAUCGCCCACGCCGAGGCCUCCGAGGGGAAGGUGAUCUUGUUCAUCGACGAGAUGCACGUCCUCGUCGGCGCCGGCGACUACAGGGGCCGCCACGACGCCGCCAACAUGCUCAAGCCGGCGCUGGCACGCGGCCGCAUUAAGUGCUUAGGUGCCACCACGCAUGAUGAGUACCGCAAGCACGUCGAGGCCGACCCGGCGCUCGAGCGCCGCUUCCAGAAGGUGCAUGUCGGGGAGCCCAGCACCAAGGCUACCGUUGCCAUCUUGCAGGGGAUCAAGCAGCGGUAUCAGGACCAUUAUGGCCUGGAGAUUACAGACGCCGCCAUCGACGCCGCCGUGCACCUCGCCGACCGCUACAUCACAGGACGUCAAUUUCCUGACAAGGCAAUCGAUCUAAUUGAUGAGGCUUGCAGCGCCUUUAACAUAGAGGAAAGAACAGUGAAAACUGUCAACCCGGAUCAUAUCGCACAGGUUGUGAGCCGAUGGACUGGAAUUCCUAUAUCUACGCUUGAUCAAGAGGAGAAGGUGAAGCUGAUGCACUUAGCAGACCGAUUGCACGAGAGAGUCGUCGGCCAGAAUGAGGCGGUCGAUUUCGUUGCCGAUGCGGUGUUGCGUUCAAGGGCUGGCCUUGCUCGGACUGGCCAACCGGUAGGCUCCUUCCUCUUCUUAGGCCCGACCGGCGUCGGAAAGACCGAGCUCGCAAAAGCUCUCGCCGAGCAGCUAUUCAACAGCGACAAGAUGUUGCUUCGCUUCGACAUGACAGAAUAUGCCAGUUAUGGUUCUGUGACGCGUCUAAUUGGAGCACCCCCAAGCUUUCAUGGUUACCACGACGGCGGACAACUGACCGAGAAAGUUAGAAGGCGCCCGUACAGCGUUAUCCUUUUCGAUGAAGUGGAGAAGGCACAUGACUCCGCGCUGAAUGUUUUCCUUCAGAUACUUGAUGAUGGUGUUUUGACUGAUGGCAAAGGCCACAAUGUUGAUUUCAAGAAUACUGUCAUCGUUAUGACCUCAAAUCUAGGAGCAAAGCACCUAACAUCAGGGAUGGCCGAAAAAAACACAAUGGAAUCUGCGCGCAACCUUGUCAUGAAAGAGGUCCAGACAUUCUUCAAGCCCGAGCUUCUCAACAGAUUCAAUGAGAUUGUGGUGUUUGAGCCGCUUUCGUACGACCAACUGAAGGAGGUUGUGAAGAUCCAGACGAAGAGCGUCGUUGCUAGAGUAGCCAGCAAAGGCAUCUCUCUUGUUUUAAGUGAUGAUGUGUUGGACGUCAUUUUGUCAGAAUCAUACAACCCGAUGUACGGCGCAAGGCCCAUAAGGAGGUGGAUGGAGAAGAACAUGGUGACAAUUAUCUCCAAGAUGCUGAUCAAAGGAGAAGCCAAUGAAGGCUCGACAAUCCUUGUCGAUGCGGCCGACAACAAGAAAGGGUUAAAAUAUGAAGUUGUGAAAAAAGAGAUUACGGUAGAUGCAUGAGACUAAUUUCCAGACGAUGACUUGACCGGUGGUCACGGCUUGAAGGAAGCGUCACCAGAUUUUCUUAUGUGUUUCUUGGAAUUAAGCAACGCUGACACCAUAUCAGUUAGUCUUAACAUAUCAACCCUGCGUGUGAUUGGCUGUUUAGAACAUGCUGGGAUUUUGCUGUUAGUAGCUAGGUAGGUAGAUCCACAGCUGGGUGCAAUUGACACCGCAGAAUUAGUUGAGUGUUCACUGAAUUUUGAUACAACUAUAUAUCCAUGACUAUGAGCAGAUAUUUUGAACUGCCAA